UUACAUUUGUCAAGCGCAAUAUUAUUUUUUAGUUAAGGUCAUCAGGUUCAUAAUCAAAAACCAAAUUCUUGGACAAAGCCAAGAAAAACGAGUUGUUGUAAAUUUAUUUAACAAGUAAAAAGAGUGACAAAGUUUAAGAACAGUUUCCAAUUUACAAUGGAGCUUGGCAACGAAUUUUCUGUCCAAAUUACGACAGUGAAGGAAAGUACCGAAACCACCAGCGAUACUCUAUGUGAAUCCACCGAAUCCACGAAUCCGCUUAAUAGCCUUGGUACUGACAGCAACAUUUCUACGUCGGCGAGUUCACGGUCAGACUGGAAGCAUCAUACAAGCAUGCCUAGGAAGCAGCGGAAGCGAACAGACUGUGAGGUAUGUGGCAAAGAAAUGCUUCAGAAACAGCUCAAGCGACACCUUGCUACCCACUCUGGUGAGCGGCCGUACAAAUGUGACAUCUGCGACAAAUUAUUCACUCGGCGGGACGGCCUAGUUUCACAUAAACUUAUUCACACGAGUAGUCUACCGCAUAAGUGCGAUGUGUGUGACAAAGUGUUCCUUCUAAAGGAGAGCCUGCGGCGGCAUAUGUUUGUCCAUACUGAGGGACGAGCACCCAAGCAACUUGGUAAAUCGACCUCGGACAUGCUGUGGAAUGAGUGUGAAAUAUGCGGCAAAAAAUUCCACCAAAAAUAUUACCUGCAGCAACAUCUGUUAACCCACACUGGCGAGGAACCUUAUAAAUGUGAUAUAUGUGGCAAAGCAUUUAUUCAAAAAAAUAACCUUCAUAAACACGUCUUAACCCACACUAACGAGCGGCCAUAUAAAUGUAAAAUAUGUGACCAGGUAUUCAAUCAAAAGAUUACCCUGCAACGACACGAGUUCACGCACACUGGCGAGCGUCCAAACAAAUGUGAAAUAUGUGGCAAACUAUUUAUUCAAAAGUCGAACCUGCAGCGCCAUUUGAUCACCCACACUGGCGAGCGCCCGUACAAAUGUAGAAUAUGUGACAAAAUGUUUGCCAACCGCGAUUCCUUAGUUGAACAUAAACUUAUUCACAGUGUUGAUCGUCCGCAUAAAUGUGACAUGUGUGGCAAACAAUUCAUGUUGAAGAGUCGCCUAAAGCUACACGUUUUAGCCCACACUAGUGAGCGGCCGUACAAAUGUGAUAUAUGUGGCAAAGCAUUUAAAAGGCAGAGUAACUUGAACGCGCACAGAGUCAUUCACGAUAGUGACCAACCGCACAAGUGCGAGAUAUGUGGCAAAAAUUUCCCUCGCAAGCAUGCCCUGAAGCUACACGUCUACACUCAUACAGGUGGGUACCCAUGCAAAUGUGAUGUAUGUGGCAGAGCAUUUUACCAGCAGUAUCACUUGACUUUGCACAAACUCACUCACAGUAGUGAAGUGCCGCAUAGCUGUGAAGUAUGUGGAAAAAAGUUCCUUCAGAAGGGUGAGCUGCAGCUACACAGAAUUACUCACACUGACAAGCGGUCAUAUAAUUGUGAAAUAUGUGGCAAAUUAUUCAUACAAAAAACUAAAAUGCAACAACACAUGAUCACCCACACUGGUGAGCACCCGAACAAAUGUGAUAUUUGUGGUAAAACAUAUAAACAGCAGCAUGACUUGAACUUGCACAGACUUACUACUCAUAAUAGUGAGCAGUCGCAUAAGUGCGACAUAUGUGACAAAAAAUACCGCCACAAAACUUCACUGCGGCGACACGUUGCAACUCACACUGGCAAGUGUUCAUCAGAGGAUACAAUAUGUGAAUUUACAACCGCACCAGUGUGAUUUAUGUGGAAGAGAAUUUCAGCGACAGAACCGGUGUAUUGUUCCCAGGCUUAAAUACGAGCCGUCGCGUACCCCCGUCGUACAAGGAAACGGAAGCGCUUGUUUUGCGCCAACGAUGGAGAAAAACGUACAGAGGUUAACUGAAGAUUGUUUUAAGCUCGUCUAUGGAACAUUCAGAACUGCAGAUGAAUUUUGCAGUAGAAAUUGAUUACUGUAGAUGAUGGGUAUUUGAGAAUUGUCAUAGAAUCUACAUCUCUUCUGCUGCCGACAUCGCAGGAGUAGCCCUCGCACAGCUAGCCACGAGUGGCGAGCUAUUUUAGCAAUACAAAAAUCGAUUAGAAUACAUGAGGGGCCCUAUUCUCAAAGUCGCGUCACCCGGUGAUUAGCAGGAAAUUACCUUCUAGCAGUCUUCCCAUGAACAUCGAUAAGUUUGAACCUGUGUACAAAAUUUCGUGCACGCGUUCAACCUCAAACUUGCUUUGCCUUUGUGUACAGGGUCGCCUCGAACACCGAACCCAAGCGAACGAUGUGCGAACUUAGGUUUAAACACCGUGUGCGUACACAAGAAAGGCACACACAAAACAGAAUGAGGCAACACUAGUGAUGAUGAGUGAUAGAAAGAGAAAACUAGUAUCAAGAACCUGUGUGUACGAACACCGCUUACGUACAUGGGGUUCGGUUGUGCAGACGAACAUGUGCACGUGUUUUGGUACGCAUUAGCGCGUUCGAGUUUGCACACGAAAUGUGAGUUUAAGAUGAGCACUGAACUAGAGCGAACAUGGUGUUCGAUGUUCAUUUGGGAAGUCUGCCUUCUAGUCACUAGGUGACGUAACUGAGAAUAGGGCCCGAGGCAUCUUUGUUUUAUCUAUUUGGCGGAAUAAAAUUGAAAAUAUUUGUUAU